AUGUCUCAACACAGUGUGCUCAUCGUCGGAGCCUCCAUCGCCGGUCCCAUGACAGCCUACUGGUUCGCCAAGGCCGGAGCGAGCGUCACCGUCAUAGAACGCUUUCCCCAACUGCGGCUGAACGGGCAGAAUGUCGACAUACGCACCGUGGGCGUCACCGUCAUGCGGAAGAUACCCGGGAUGGAGGAGGCCGUGCGGGCCAAAACCCUGCCUUAUGAAGGGUUCAGCUUCGUCCACAGCGACGGGCGUCCUUUCGGCACCAUCAAAUCCACCGGCAACGCUGAUAAACAGUCUCUCGUCUCCGAGUAUGAGAUUUUCCGUGGCGACUUGUCUCAGGUUCUAUAUGACAUGACAAAGGAUAACAAGAAUAUCCGGUAUAUCUUUAACGAGCAGGUGGCUUCGAUCAGGCGUACGGGAGGCGAGGAUGAGGCCGUCAUCGUCGAGUUUGCCAACGGUCUACCGAGUGCGGAAUAUGACCUCGUUGUCGCCUGUGAUGGUGCAACAUCAAGGACAAGAGCCAUUGGCCUUGGAUGCGGCGUCCGAGACCACAUCAAGCCGAUAAACUGCUGGGCGGCUGGCUUCACCAUCGAGAAGGCCAUCCUCCCUGAUCUGAAAAUGGGGCAGGCAUAUAGCGCCCCCGGGUGUCGUUUCAUUGCCAUCGGCUCCGAUUCGCCCAGUUCAAGCCGGAUCUCUCUUCUUGGAAUCAACAGGUCUGAUAAUGCAGAUGCCAUGCCACCCUUCCGCGAAGCUCAAAAGCAAGGGGACGCAGCUCUCAAGGCGUUCAUCUCUCAGCACUACAAGGGGGCUGGUUGGAAAACAGAAGAGAUCCUCAAGGAAAUGAUGACGUCGAGGGAUUUCUACGCAAACGAGAUUAUGCAGGUCAAGCCCCCAACCCUGCACAAGGGUCGUUUUGUGCUGGUCGGUGACUCGGGGUAUGCCCCAGGCCCAACUGGCGCGGGGACAUCUCUUGCCAUGGUCGGUGGCUAUGUGUUGGCCGGCGAGUACCUACGAAACGGGAGAGACAUAUCCGCCGCGUUGAAGGCCUAUGAGACGCAAAUGCGGCCCAUCAUUGAUGAUCUGCAAAAGAUACCUCCCUUGAUUCCUGGUGUGCUGGCACCGCAGACAGAAUGGGGGAUCUGGCUGCGGAACCAAAUAUUCGCCUUCAUUUCUUGGAGCAGAAUGAUGGAGAUCAUUCCCAGGUUUUUCGUCAGUUCUUUUAACAGCGGGGAUAAAUAUGCUCUGAGAGAUUACGAGUGGCCUAAUAUUGAAGCCUGA